AUGGCUCUUGACCACGUACUUAUCGAUCGCAUCGAGGCCGACCAAGAUGAAGAAGACCUGGAGUCAAUCCUCAAGCAUGGGGCGCAGGCACUGUUCAAUGAUGACGACUCAGCUGACAUCACUUACGAUCACCGCUCUAUUGACAGGCUGUUGGACCGUAGCCAGGCCGAGCAGGCUGAGCAAGUGGCCGGCGAGGGAAGUUCGAACCAGAAUGAGCAGGCGCUCUUUAAUUUCGCCCGCGUGUGGCAAAAGGACCGAGGUAGCCUUGAAGAAGUGACGGAGGUUGAGGAUGCGCCUGUGGAUGUUACGGCGUGGGAGAAGAUUCUGCAGGAGCGUGAGCGUGAAGCGCAAGAGGAGGCUAACCGACAAGCUGAAGGUCUCGGGCGUGGUAAAAGAAAGCGCGGCACGCCCCGCUACGACAACACCAUCAUCGAAGGAGUCGACGACGAUGAGGUUCCUAGUCCUAUCCGACCCAGGCCUAGCAAGAUCCGAAAGGCCGCCGUCGACAAUGACUACGAGUUCCAACAGCCAGAUGAUGGGGAUGAAACUGACACGAAUUCCGAGGCAGGAGCAGUGGCAAUUGGCACUGCCUAUCAUGGUGAGUGGGAUAUGGGGGCUAAGCGACUGACCACUGCAGAUGUUGCAGCUGGUCCUAAUGUGGAUAUAGUGCAGGGAGCCCGCGCGUUCCGCCGGGUUGACUCCCCGCCCCCGAUAGCACCAAUGGGCACCGAUGGCGCCCAAGAUGGUUUCCCGUCUUGUGUGGCCUGCCAACAACAGCACGUCCCUGGGUGUUGCCCACUCCGUCUCGCCGGCGUCGAGUUCUGUGGGCUGUGCGGCUUGGCGCACUGGGGAGGCCGGCGGGCCUGCCCCCACCUACAGUCACGGGUGCAGGUCGCCCGCAUUUUGGAGGCGCUGGAGAAGAGCGCGGAGGCCCCCGCCCUCAUCUUGGAGGCGAAGAGAUAUCUUCAGGGUAUUCUCAAAUCGGUCUCGCGGACUGCUCGGGAUGAGCGGAAGAAGGCUUCGCUUUCCGCUCAGGCGGAGUCUCAGGUUCGGCUCACGUCGCCCUCAGUUGGCGGGGCAAGUCGUGCCACUGUCAUUGAUUUGACAGAGGCAAGUGCCGAGUCGUAA